AUGGACGUGGACGUAGACGUGGACGUGGACAUGGAGGUGGACGUGGACGUGGACGUGGACAUGGACGUGGACAUGGACGUGGACGGACAUGGACGUGGACAUGGACGUGGACGUGGACUGGACGUGGACGUGGACGUGGACGUGGACGUGACUGACGUGGACGUGGACGUGGACGUGGACGUGGACGUGGACGUGGACGUGGACGUGGAGGACGUGGACGUGGACGUGGACGUGGACGUGGAGAACUUGGACGUGGACAUGGACGUGAAUGUGGACGUGGACGUGGACGUGGAGGACUUGGACGUGGACAUGGACGUGGACGUGGACAUGGACGUGGACGUGGACGGGGACAUGGACGUGGACGUGGACGUGGACAUGGACCUGGACAUGGACGUAGACGUGGACGUGGACAUGGACGUGGACAUGGUCGUGGACGUGGACGUGGACGUGGACAUGGACGUGGACGUGAACAAGACGUGGACUGGACGUGGACUUGGACGUGGACGUGGACGUGGACGUGGACGUGGACGUGGACAUGGACGUGGACAUGGACGUGGACGUGGACGUGGACGUGGACGUGGACGUGGACGUGGACAUGGACGUGGACGUGGACGUGGACGUGGACGUGGACGUGGACGUGGACGUGGACGUGGACAUGGACGUGGACGUGGACGUGGACAUGGACGUGGACGUGGACGUGGACGUGGACAUGGACGUGGACAUGGACGUGGACAUGGACGUGGACAUGGACGUGGACGUGAACGUGGACGUGGACGUGGAGGACUUGGACGUGGACAUGGACGUGGACGUGGAGUGGACGUGGACGUGGACGUUGACGUGGACGUGGACGUGGACGUGGACGUGACGUGGACGUGGACGUGGACGUGGACGUGGACGUGGACAUGGACGUGGACGUGGACGUGGACGUGGACAUGGACGUGGACGUGGACGUGGACGUGGACAUGGACGUGGACAUGGACGUGGACGUGGACGUGGACAUGGACGUGGACAUGGACGUGGACGUGGACGACUUGGACGUGGACAAUGGACGUGGACGUGGACGUGGACGUGGACAUGGACAUGGACGUGGACGUGGACGUGGACGUAGACGUGGACAUGGACCUGGACAUGGACGUGGACGUGGACGUGGACGUGGACAUGGACGUGUACGUGGACAUGGUCGUGGACGUGGAAGUGGACGUGGACGUGGACGUGGACAUGGACGUGGACGUGGACGUGGAGUGGGACGUGGAGGUGGACGUGGACGUGGAGGUGGACGUGGACGUGGAGGUGGACGUGGACGUGGACGUGGACGUGGACCUGGACGUGGACGUGGACAUGGACGUGGACAUGGACGUGGACGUGGACGUGGACGUGGACGUGGACAUGGACGUGGACGUAGACGUAGACGUGGACGUGGACAUGGACGUGGACGUGGACGUGGACGUGGACGUGGAGGACGUGGACGUGGACGUGGACGUGGACGUGGAGAACUUGGACGUGGACAUGGACGUGAACGUGGACGUGGACGUGGACGUGGAGGACUUGGACGUGGACAUGGACGUGGACGUGGACGUGGACGUGGACAUGGAGGUGGACGUGGACGUGGACGUGGACGUGGACGUGGACGUGGAGGUGGACGUGGACAUGGACGUGGACAUGGACGUGGAGUGGACGUGGACGUGGACGUGGACGUGGACGUGGAGUGGACGUGGAGUGGACGUGGACGUGGACGUGGACGUGGUCGAGGACGUGGACGAGGACGUGGACGUGGACGUGGACGUGGACGUGGAGGACGUGGACGUGGACGUGGACGUGGACGUGGAGAACUUGGACGUGGACAUGGACGUGAACGUGGACGUGGACGUGGACGUGGAGGACUUGGACGUGGACAUGGACGUGGACGUGGACGUGGACAUGGACGUGGACAUGGACGUGGACGUGGACGUGGACAUCGACGUGGACGUGGACGUGGACGUGGACGUGGACAUGGACCUGGACAUGGACGUGGACGUGGACGUGGACAUGGACGUGGACGUGGACAUGGUCGUGGACGUGGACGUGGACGUGGACGUUGAGGUGGACAUGGACGUGGACGUGAACAAGACGUGGACGUGA